GCGCAUGCGCAGAGCGGCACCCCGGAAGCGGCGCGGGGAGAGAGGCGGAGCGGCCGCGCCCGGCACCUGCCCGGCCGGCCCCCCGCCGCUCUGCCAUGCAGCCCUGAUGGAGCCCAACGCCUUCCCCCACCUCCAGCUCUGGUGUCCCCGUCCCUUCGGCACCUACACCCAGAAUAAGCCAUGCCCCGUCCCUGUCCCCACCCGGAAGCCGUGCCGACCCCCCGAAGACCCCCCAGACGCCCGCGGACCCUCCGAGAACACCCCCCCCCCUCUCCCCGCCGCGCCGGCAGAGGAAGGCCGCGUGUUGCUGGACACGUGGUACGUCAUCAAACCAGGCAACACCAAAGAGAAGGUGGCGUUUUUCGUGGCCCACCAAUGCGGCGGCGCCGGCGGCCGCGCCAACGCCAUGAAGGUGAAAGGCAACUGGGGCAGCGAGAGCUCCAAAGCCAAACGGCGCCGGCGUUGCCACCAGCCCGGUAAGACCCCCCACCACGAGGGGGAUGGUGAAGCCCCGGACCCUCUCUCGGUAGCCGAAAUGGUGGCGUUGGUGGAGCAACGGGCGGCGUUGGCCGUGCAGAGCUUGAUGGAGGUGAACGGCGAUGCCAAAGGGCCGCCGGCACCGCCGGGCGCCGACUGCAGCCGCGUGGCCGAGGCCGUGGCACACUUUGAGUCACGGCAACGGGCUGGCGGGCGGCACAACGGGCUGUGCCACCCCAGUGGUGACUGCAGCAGCACCACGGCGGCGACGGCGACGGCGACACCGGGCGAAGUACGCAUCGCCUUCCGCAUCUCCAGCGCUCGCGACGGCCGCGCCAACACCGCAUCUGGAGAGCCGGCGAGCGCCGGCGGCCGGCCCGGUUGUGUGUUCAUGGGUGGAGGUGGUGGCACCCGAGCCAAGGACAAGAUCACCUGCGAUCUGUAUCAGCUCAUCAGCCCGUCCCGUGAUCAGCUCCCCACCAACGUUGAGUUCCUGUUGGCCAACGCGGCGCCCAGCGGUGACCGCGAUGGUGCCGACGUGGCCGUGCCGUGCGGCGAAGGGGCGGUGGGCAGCAGCAAGGGGGAUGGCCCCGAGGGGUCGGUGGGGGAAACGGCCGCGGCGGCGGCGCGGGACUGCGUGUCUGGCUUCCACGUGGACGUGGUGGUGACGGGAGUGGUGGAUCAGUGCGUCUUCUUCGGCAAGGACAGCGCCAAGAAGGUGAAGGAGGAGACGGUGAGGUUGGCGGCACCGCAGGAGGAGCCACCGCCGCCGGGACAGCUCUUCCUCCUACCCGGUGCUGAGGACACGACCCAAAAGGGGCCGGGGAUGGAGGCACCGGAGGAGAAUCCGUCCACCGUGGCCGACCCGUCGCUGUGCCGGCUGUACCGGCACGUGUCGCACGACUUCUUGGAGAUCCGCUUCAAGAUCCAGCGGCUGCUGGAGCCACGGCAGUACAUGUUGCUGCUUCCUGAGCACGUGAUGGUGAAGAUCUUCAGCUACCUGCCCACCCAGACCCUGGCGGCCCUCAAAUGUUCCUGCCACUACUUCAAAUCCAUCAUCGAGACGUUCGGGGUGCAAGCCACCGACUCGCGCUGGAACCGCGACCCGCUGUACCGCGACGAUCCCUGCAAGCAGUGCAAGAAGCACUAUGAGAAGGGGGACGUGUCGCUGUGCCGAUGGCACCCCAAGCCCUACCACCAUGACCUGCCUUACGGCCGUUCCUACUGGAUGUGCUGCCGUCGGCCCGAUAAGGAAGCGCCCGGCUGCCGCGUGGGGCUGCACGACAACAACUGGGUGCACCCGGCGGCACGCCGCGAUGAUGGCAGGUGAAGGGACGUGGGGACACGGCGCCGGAUCCCCCCCAAAAUGGUGGGGGAGGAGGGAGGGAGGGGGUGGGGGGAGGGAAGCAGAGGAUGGGGAGGAAAAGAAGUGGAGAAAAAAGCUGAGAAAAGAAGAAAAAAUGGAAA